AUGAAUCUUUUCAUAUUUUGUCUCUUACUAUGUUUUCCUAUCAUUGGUUGUUUUAAUUCUGCUUUUCUGGCAGUAUUUUUAACUGAAGAUGCAAAGAAUUUAUUAAAAGAUAAAUUUUUUCGUUCUCAUGAAAGUUCAUCUCCAUUCUACGGUAACACUCGUGAUAUAUAUUGUGAACAUAGUACAAUUCAAUUUAAUCCAAGAUCCGACAUUAUGAAUAAAUAUAAAACACAUUAUGGCCACGUACAAAAUUUAACAAUUUUAGCCUACGCUGAAGAUGAACAUGCACAAGCAAUCUUAGUUCACAGUGCUGGUAGUAAUGAUAGCCAUUCUUCAACAAAUGAAUAUCCUCAUGUAACAAUAAGUGUAAGCAAUGUUGAACCUUAUACGCCAGUAUACUCUAAUGAUCUCUGGAAAAGAUUUGUUGAUGACAAAAUAGUGGAGAUAAAAAUGGACGAAUAUGAUAAACCACGAUCAAUCACAAUUAAUGAUCAUAUGAGUGAGUGGCAUGGGAAAUUGAACAGCAAUGAAAAAUAUGCAGAAACACAAGCUUAUGUUAAAAUAAUCAAUGAAGUUAUUGAUUUGAAUGGAGUCAUUUGCGUUAAUAAUUUAUGGAAAAACGAAAAAUGCGGAAGGAAUUAA